AUGACAGGCACUGAUGAACCAAGCGCCAAGCGUCCGCGCCGUGAGACGGCCCCAGCCAUAACGUUCCCAUAUGAACUGGACACUUUUCAAAAGGAAAGUAUCGAUGCACUCGAGGAUGGCGAUAGUGUUCUUGUCUCCGCUCACACUUCUGCCGGUAAGACAACAGUGGCUCUCUAUGCAAUUGCCAAGGCAUUGCGAGAGAAAAAACGUGUUAUCUACACAUCACCUAUUAAGGCACUCAGCAAUCAGAAGUUCAGAGAGUUUUCUGAGAAGUUUGACUCUGUUGGUCUCAUGACAGGAGAUACCACUAUUAAGGCCGAUUCGGAUUGUCUUGUGAUGACAACAGAGAUUUUACGCAGUAUGUUGUAUAGAGGAACUGAGAUGCUCCGUGAAGUGGGUUGUGUGGUCUUUGAUGAGGUACAUUAUAUGCGAGAUAAAUCUCGUGGUGUGGUAUGGGAAGAGACCAUCAGUUUACUUCCUGAAGGAUGUCAAUAUGUAUUUCUCUCUGCUACUAUUCCAAAUGCACGUGAAUUUGCAGAUUGGGUAGAGAGUAUUCAUCCUGGCACCAAAGUUCAUGUUAUUCACACUGAUUACCGCCCUGUACCUUUACAACACUACCUUUAUCCAAGUGGAGCUGAUGGUAUUUUCCUCAUUGUGGAUGAGAAGAGUAAAUUUCGUGAGGAUAACUUUAGACGGGCGAUGGCCUCUAUGGGAGCCGUGACUGGAGGGACAUCGGAAGAAGGCUCAGGGAAUGCCGAUGCCGUAAAGAGUGGUGGUGGUGGUGGUGGACUCACACGUGGAAAACAAAAGUCAACGAAGAAGGGACCACAACCUAUUAUGGAAAUUAUUAAACUCGCGAUGGAUCAUAACAUGUAUCCUAUUAUUGUCUUUUCUUUUGCCAAGGCAGAAUGUGAGCGUAACGCUUUGGCACUUUCCAAACUUAAUUUUAACAAUACAGAAGAAGAUGCACUGGUUACAGAGGUCUUUAAUAACGCUAUGGAGUGCCUUGCUGAGGAAGACAGAAAACUUCCAGCAAUUGAACAUUUACUUCCACUGUUAAAACGUGGUGUGGGUAUUCACCAUUCAGGACUUUUACCUAUCCUAAAAGAAGUGGUAGAAAUUCUUUUUCAAGCUGGUCUUGUAAAAGUUCUUUUUUCAACUGAAACCUUUUCUAUGGGACUUAAUAUGCCAGCCAGAACUGUUGUUUUCACUUCCGUAAAAAAGUUUGAUGGUGAAACCAAUCGUUAUUUGACAGGUGGUGAAUAUAUUCAAAUGUCUGGCCGUGCUGGACGUCGUGGUUUGGAUCGUGUGGGUGUUGUGAUUGCAAUGGUGGAUGAGGCUGUAGAGCCAGAAACACUUAAACAACUCACUGGAGGAGGUGCAGAUGUACUUAACAGUAGUUUUCACCUUACCUAUAAUAUGGUACUUAAUCUUCUACGUGUGGAAGAUGUGGAUCCAGAGUUUAUGAUGCGACGCAGUUUUGCCCAGUUUCAACGAUUACGUAAUCGACCAGCACUUGAAAAGAGAGAAGAAGAAUUAAAAAAAGAAAUUGCAUCUAUUCAUGUGGAACAUGAGGAUGUAUUCCGCCAAUAUACACUUUGCCAAGAACUUCUCGCAAAGAGACGAAAGGAGCAAGAAAGUUUUUUAAAACAACCUGUUUUUCUUAAAAAGUUUACACACAGUGGUAGACUCCUUCGUAUUCGACGUGCCUCUGAUGGAGUAGAUUUUAAUUGGGGUAUUUGUCGAGCCUUUCACGCGAAAACAUCCGAUGCCAACUCUCAAGAUGCCUCUGCCUAUUCCGUCGAUGUCUCUGUUAUUUGCCGUAAAGCCGAUACCUCCCAACCCACAUCUCUCAUCCCUUGUCAUGUCACUACAUACACAACAAGUGAUGCCGAUCUCUACACAGUAACAUUUGAUUUUGCGGAUAUUGACAAAGUGGCUCGUUUUCGAGUAAAUCUUCCAGCAGAUCCCGAUACGGAGUCUGGACGGGCACAGAUGGUCCAAACACUGGCGAAACUUCACCGACAAUAUGGGGAUGAAGUUCCACUUCUUACAAGUGAAGAAAUGGGGGUAAAUGAUCCAAAGUAUUCAAAACUGGAAACACAGGUAGAAAGACUAGAGGCACAAUUAAAAGGGAAUGAAUUGGUUCAAAACCCUACAAAAGAAUUGGAAGAUGCCUUUGAAACUUUUAAAAAGCGGGAUGCAUUAGAGAAGGAGUUAAAUGAUGUUAGAGAAGAAUUAAGUCAAGUGACAAGGGCUAUUUUUUCGGAGGAACUAAAACAAAUGAUGCGUGUACUUCGACGAAUGGAUUAUAUUGAUAAGGAUAAUAUCAUUCUAAGGAAAGCACGUGUGGCAUGUGAAAUUACCACCACUGAUGAGAAUGAACUUCUUCUUACAGAGCUCCUUUUUAAAGGUGUAUUAAAUUCAAUGGAAACCGAAAUGAUUGUCGCACUUAUGUCUUGUUUGGUAAACCAACACCGUACACCAGAUAAUUUCUCAUUACCAGAAGAAUUCCAACAACCAUUGAAAGAAUUAAAUGAGAUUGUAAAUCGUAUAGCAACAGUAAGUCUUGAAAGCGGUAUCAAGCAAGAGGGUACAAGUGUUGAAAAGACAAUGCCUUCAUUAAUGGAAGUAACAUACUUGUGGGCAAAGGGGGCUAGCUUUGCAGACAUCAUGACAAAAACAGAUGCGUAUGAGGGAGAUAUUGUGCGAAUGAUGCGACGUCUGGAAGAGCAACUUCGGCAGAUGGCUGGAGCUGCACGUUCUCCUGCUAUUGGCAGUAUUGAGUUACAUGAUAAGUUCCUCAAGGGUAUUCAACUCAUUAAGAGAGACAUUGUCUUCGCAUCCUCGCUCUACUUGUAA